AUGCACUCCGCCACUCAGACCAAGGCUACUGCGCUUAUUACGUCUACCGAGCGUAUUACACCCACGGUGCCUACUAUACCUACUACGCCUACCACGCCCGCCGAACCCAUCAAGCCUCCUAAGCCUCCCAAGACCAAGACUAAAUCCAAGGCAACAGGCCCAUCCAAAGGCAUAGCUGGUUUCAAGAAGUUCAACCUUACCAAGAACAAGAAUGGAUCCAAGACCGCCACCUCUGGAUAG